AUGAUAUUCCUGGAAUUCCAUAAUUCGGCUGUGGAAGACUUGCUUCUUACCCGUUUCAGUAAUGCCAAAGCCGGCUUCAAAUUCGAAAAAAUUGACUAUACCGUUGCUGACUUCGACCGCGUUCUCUAUCGGAUUCACAACCCCGAGGGCGAUAAAUCCAAACUUUUGGUCAGUCUUUUAGUCAACUUUUUCGACGAAUUGAAAGAAUACGAUGUCGAAGGCCUCCUGAGGCGAGAAUACGGUGCUUACAUAUUAGACGAACCAUAUCCCGGUUACUCAGUUACUCUCUGUUUCGACUUACAAAAUGUCCCGGAGGACUGCGAGGUCGUUGCCCGCCAUGUUGCUAUGCUGAAACGGAACUGUUUUGCCGCUGUGUUUGAACCCUUCUUCCUCCUUCAAGCACUAGCGGAUGAACCCAUUAUCUCCAAACGAGCUGUUAUUCACUACAGUCCAGAUGAAGCUAUGUACGUUCAAGCCCUUGAGGACCGCAUCACCGUUAUCUUCAGUACCGUUUUUAAGGAUGCUGAUGACGUUGUCAUUGGCAAAAUCUUUAUGCAGGAGUUAACUGAGGUUCGGCGGCGUUAUGAUAGGGCGCCACAAGUUCUCUACUCACAUCGGGAACCUCCAGCUGAGCUGCGAGACACGGAUGCAGUAGGUGGUGAUAACAGAGCCUAUAUUACCUUUGUUCUUUUCCCCCGCCACCUUGCACCCCACUCCGCCGACAGGAGCAUCAACCUGAUCCACACCGUUCGCAAUUACCUUCAUUAUCAUAUAAAAUGCGCCAAGGGCUAUUUGCAGUUGCGAAUGCGUGCAAAAACCUCGGAGUUCAUUAAAAUUCUCAAUCGCGCUGUUCCUCAUCAACAACAGCAGCAGCAACAGCAACAACUCAACAAUGGUGAGGAGAGUGCUGAACCUGCCGUUUUUGUCCACGCGUUGGGUCUGGAGUCCUCUAGGAGCCAGAUCCACAGGCAACCGGCAAAUAGAAGGGGAUUAGCAAGUGGAAAUGCAUUCAGUUCCGAGAAUAUGUUAAUGCCCUCGACUCUGAGUCAGAGUGAUUUCGCGUGUCUACAGAAGUUUGAGGACAGUGAGGAUGAGAGGGAGGAGGAGGAAGAUGGAGUUUUAAGUGCGCCUCUGUGCGAAUGCCUACCAACUCAGGAGAACAUUCUGGUAGCUUUCGAUAUUGAGAACACUUGUUGUGGCUUCCCCGUUGACCCCAUGUGA